UCGGCAAAGCAGAAAAGUCCGCAGUUAAAGCAAAAGUUGCACAAUGGAGUUUUGCACAUUAGCGCUGUUGACACUUUUCUCCUCGGUUUACAGCGUGUUGGCGCUGUCACCUAAAGGCGCGUGUCUCCUUCAAGUGGACGAGGGACCUUGCAGAGCAGAACUUGAGCGCUACUACUACAAUACUAUCACCCAGAAGUGCGAGACCUUCUCCUAUGGAGGUUGCAAAGGGAAUGCCAAUAACUUCAACAGUUAUCAGGAGUGCCUCAAAUCGUGUUUCAGAAUCCCAAAGGUUCCCCAAAUCUGCAGGUUUCCUAAAGAGGAGGGACCGUGCCGUGCACUCUUGCGCCGCUACUUCUUCAACAUGACUACCAUGCAGUGCGAGUCCUUUUACUACGGUGGCUGCCAGGGCAACAACAAUCGCUUCAAGGAUCUCACCGCUUGCAAGGAGUACUGCAGUCCACGAAAAACUAUUCCUGUGCUGUGCCUGGAUCCUCUGGACAAAGGGAGGUGUUCAGCCUCCAUUCCUCGCUUUUACUACAACACAGUCACCAAGAUGUGCAACAAGUUUGUCUACUCAGGCUGCGGAGGGAGCAGCAACAAUUUUGUCUCCAGGCAGAGCUGCAUGAGCGUGUGUGUCAAAGAGAAAAAAAACACCAACCAAGGCAAAGGUUUUCGAAUGAGACGGAACCGAAAAAACCGGAUCACUUUCUUGCAGGCGUAGAUGUCUGCCGCUCAGGGAUUCUCACUUGGACAAGUCCUUACAUGAAACUUAAUGAACUGAUGGUUUUAUGCCAAAAUGUUGACGCGC